GCAGCUCUUCGGGGCUGGGCUGCCGUCUGACCUCCUCUCCCCCGCCCCUGCUCCAGCCUCCUGCCCCGGCGAGCUGCGAGCUGCGGGGAGGAGGCCAGGCCGCUCACAUAAGCCUGUGGCGGCUGCCGGGUGAGAGCAGGUGCUCGGCCUGUCCCCCAGCACCAACAGCGGGAAUCUCCCGCUGGAGCCCAGGCCUCGGUGGCCCGGCAUGGCAGCCGCGGGAUCCACACGGAAGGGGGAGGAAGCGAGCCCGGCCGGGGCUGAAGGGCACCCAGCUUCACCUCAACAAGAGCCCGGCAGCCCCCUUCCCCAGCUCCUGCCCCCUGUCGAAGAGCACCCCAAGAUCUGGCUACCUCGGACCCUGAGGCAGACAUAUAUCCAGAAGGUCGGAGACACUGUGAACCUACUAAUCCCAUUCCAGGGCAAACCUAAACCCCGAGCCACCUGGACACAUGAUGGCUAUGCCUUGGAUGCCAGCCGUGUGAGUGUGCGGAAUGGGGAGCAGGACUCCAUCCUCUUCAUCCGAGAAGCCCAACGUGCUGACUCAGGUCGCUACCAGCUCAGUGUGCAGCUGGGAGAGCUGGAGGCCACUGCUACCAUUGACAUCCUGGUUAUCGAGAGGCCAGGCCCUCCUCAGAGUAUCAAGUUGGUGGAUGUUUGGGGCUCCAAUGCUACUCUGGAGUGGACACCUCCCCAAGACACGGGCAAUGCAGCACUCCUAGGAUACACCGUGCAGAAGGCCGACACAAAAUCUGGGCUAUGGUUCACAGUGCUGGAGCGUUAUCACCGCACCAGCUUCACGGUUUCUGACCUCAUCGUGGGCAACUCCUACUCAUUUCGAGUCUUUGCUGAGAACCAGUGUGGCCUCAGUGAGACAGCCCCCAUCACUGCUGACCUUGCCCACAUCCAGAAAGCAGCUACCAUUUCUAAGACUGAGGGGUUUGCACAGCGAGAUUUCUCUGAAGCUCCGAAGUUCACCCAGCCUUUGGCAGACUGCACCACAGUCACUGGCUAUGACACCCAGCUUUUCUGCUGUGUCCGCGCCUCUCCCAAGCCAAAGAUCAUCUGGCUGAAGAACAAGAUGGAUAUUCAAGGCAACCCCAAGUACAGAGCUCUCAGUCACCUGGGAAUCUGCUCUUUGGAAAUCCACAAGCCUGGUCCCUUUGACGGGGGCAUCUACACCUGCAAGGCAGUUAACCCCCUGGGGGAGGCGUCUGUGGACUGCCGGGUGGAUGUCAAAGCUCCUCACUGAGGCUCCCCGAGAGGAUUAGGGCAACUCUGACAAAGGAAGCCUGACUGUGGCGAGACUGUGUUCUUAAGGAGCUCCAGCACAGCAUCUGGUUUGGACUAAUCUAAAUAAACGUGUGUGUCUUCAGGGCAUAAGUGUCCAUCUGUUUGAGCCUUUCUAUAUGGGAAAACCAUUUAGAAAGUUGGAAUUCUUUAGCCAGAUGGUAUGGGAUCUGCAGACCCUCAGACUCCUCUUUUUCCUUAUACCCACAUUCUCUUCCACAGAGAUUCUAACACUGUCCUUUUGUCUAGAGUCUAUGACAGAGCUGAAUUCAACUCUAUCUAGUGCCUGGUGCUGAAAGAGAUUCUGAACAUGACUUGCUCCCUUCCUCUGCACUUUCCAGUAUAAACUGGAAAACAGGAUGCACAUCUAUCACAGAGACAGAGACAGCAGAACACAGAAACACGUACAUAGCUAAUCAAAGAGCACUAAGAUUUGAGGGCUGGGAGAUACUGACGAAACUGGCGCAGUCUCAUUAAGCCCUGGGGAAAGAAAAAAGGUGAGAUG